CUUCAGCCUGUUUCUCGACUUUGUGAUUGAAGCACACGGGAAUGAUCUCUGUUCCUUCGCAGUGAAAGAUAUAGUGCCCUCCCAGGAGCGCGACAUAUGACCUCUUCGUGAUCAGAAUCAUAUACCAGCCAGCCGUAAAGCGUAUAAAGCCUAGAAACAUGAGUCUGAAAGCAAAGCAAGCGUCUGUAAAGCGUACCGGCAACCCCAAAGUAGACUCUCGGCUUGCCCAAGCCUCCCGAACUCUUAUUCCCAUCAUCCAACAUUUUGAUCAUGGCGCUCAUUUGCUUCCCGCUAUACUCCGCGUCGUCCUCGACGACGUUCAGCUCCUCCUGCGACGUGCGGUCGACCUUGAUGAUCCGAUGUCGAGAAUCGGUCGUGUUUGACGCGAUUAUGAAGAAUCGCAGCUUGUUCUCGUAGAGAAGAUACUUGUUGUACGGCGCAGGUUUCCGCUGGGACACCAUGGAGGCGCGCGGGCGGUUGAGAUUGAGUCCCGUGCUCGCCUUUGAGCUUAAAGAAGGUGCUGAUUCGUGGGGCGACUGCACGGUGAUAUCAGCCGCGUCAUUAUGCGCCGUGGGCUCUAAAGCAAUGGUGUUCGAGGUCUGAGACAUUCAUACGGCGUCUAGUUUCACGCGUCGAAGAAGAGAGGACGUAGAGAGCUCAAGGAGGAUGUCGAGUUGGUAGUUGCCAGUCAAGUGGCAUCACGUCAUGUCGAUCAUGUCAGAUUCCAUCGCGUUGUUCUUGACCGCCAGCUGAAUGAGCCUUCCGUUCUCAAUCUCAUAGUAGACGCGCUCAGUAGCGUCCAUUCGUUUCUGCCCAGUCAAUCAUGCCUUCCAAGCCUAAGAAGAGAAAGGUGGUGCCUGAACCUCUUGCCAAUCCACCUUCAGAGUCCCAAGAUGUCUCACUUGGGUUCUUUCCUCUCGCACGAUACACCUCCGUUGUGGGUGUCCACACAUCCCUUCUCGCAUUCUCCGCACUCUUUCCUCCACGGAUGGACUUCCUCAAGCCGGACAUCGACAGAACUGUGUUCACUUCCCAGGACCGCCCACAGCAUCCAUUUCUCGACGCACUGACUGAAAGUCCGGUCUUCACUCUCGCGACGAUGUGUCUCGGCGCGGUAGUUGUGCAGAGCUGGUGGGCGGGCUGGAUCCGCAGCUGGAGUGUUGACUACGCGUUGCACGGCUCGGUAGUGGAGGUCAAGCUAGAAAGGGAGCGUUCCGAUAAACAGAAACUUUCUACCAUGAUAAAUGCUUGGCUGUUGACGGGGGCAGCUUCUUUCUUCUUCACUGUUGUCGCAAUAGUCUUUGGAGCGCCUUUAACCAAUCAUCUGUCGCAAACAUAUCUGCUGGGUCUUCUGCUCUCGAUCUUGGCAGUCUUCCCGUCGGCCUACGCACUUGGUGUUCCCGAUUCCACCUCAAAUGCACUAUGGUUCACUUGGAUCCGCCUGUUUGCCGAAUUCUCCCUCCGCUCUCCCAUAGAACGGGCACUUGUGUUCCCGGCUCUCGGAACUCUAAUCGGUAGCUGGGCGGGUGCCAUUCCUAUCGCAUUGGACUGGGAUCGUCCCUGGCAGGCGAUCAUGGCCGUUGACACCUGCUUUCGGCGCGAUCUGUGGAUAUAUCGCAUCAUCCGUAUUCGCCCUUGCAUCGAAUGCGACCCUUUUCCUGGCCGACGAACACCGGCAAUCGCAAAGGAAGACACAAUAGAGUACGUCCGUCUAUGUAUGCAUGUCACAUUACAAUUUGUCUAG